AUGCCAAGUAACGGUCUUGAGAGUGGAGAUUCUGUGCGGCUAACAUCCACACAAGCCGCGAUCAAUUGGCAAGAGGCCCGGAGGCCACCAGGACAUUGGAAGGAGCGCUGGGAGCCUGAGCUGGACAAAGACCUUGCGAGGUCGCGUUCUAAGAAGCGCGGCCGCAGUGCCGACAGGGUGCCCGAAGCUGGCGAUGAAAAACAAGUCGGAAGGAAGAAGCAGAAACGCAUCGAAAAGCUCCAGGCAAAGAAGGCUCGGGUUGCAAACACGUCUGCGGCAGCUGCGAAAAAGGCAGCGGAUGAGGCGGCGGAAGCUGUAAAGGGCAAGGCGAAAGCCAAGGAUGGCCAACUCUCAAAGGGGGCGAUUGGCACUGGGCGGCUCAGCAUGGCCAGCGCAGAAAUUGAUGUUGAAGAGGCGAAGACCCCCGCGCCGGCGAAGGUAGGCUUCGCCGACAUCGCCAAGCACUUCGUGCUCAUGGGAUGGACAGCCUUCGGAGGACCUGCGGCACAUGUUGGACUGUUUCAGAAGACGUUCGUAGAACGGCUGGGGUGGAUGAGCGCCGACGUCUUCACCGAGCUUUUCGCAGUGUGCCAGUGCAUGCCUGGCCCCAGCUCUACGCAAAUGUCAUUUGCGCUGGGUACAACCAAGCAGGGUGUUGCCGGAGGGCUUCUCAGUGGCAUUCUGUUCCAGUAUCCUGGGGCUAUCAUGAUGACGAUUUUUGGGUUGACUGCCCACAAUUGGGCUACGCCGCAGGUCAUCAGCGACUACACCUGGCUGGCUGGCUUGGUCGGAGGUUUGAGCGCAGCUGGCGUGGCACUGGUAGCCUCGGCGGCCAUUGGACUUUGGAACAAGGCAUGCGGCUCUGCAGAUGCCAAGGCCUUAGCUGGAUUCUGCUGUAUCGUCUUGCUCUACUACUCGGCCGAACUCAUCGCGCCAGUUGAACGCAACGGUCGUAACUGGAUGUGGAUCUUCCCGACUCUGAUCAUCUUUGGUGGAGCUUUCACAUACCUUUGGCGUGGUCCGCUUCCUGAGUCAAAGACCUCUGCAGUUCCCACAGCAGAGGAAAGUGGGGUGGAGCAUUUUGGCCUUGGACCAAUAGGUGGUGCGAUGCUCAUCGUACUUGUGGCCCUUGUGUUCGUGGCAAGCUAUGUCCUGCCUUCGGUACUCGAGGAGUCCGACUUCAAGCGUUUGUUUUGGUUUUCGGCAUUUUGGCGGACAGGGACCGUGAUCUGGGGCGGUGGCCAGGUGGUGCUUCCAUUGCUUGAGAACGAGAUGGUGCCCACGGGCUGGGUGGACAAGUCUGUUUUCUUUGCUGGCCUGGCCCUGGCACAAGCAAUGCCUGGGCCUCUCUUCAAUUUUGCUGCCUUCCUUGGAGCAGCCGCUGGCUACAAGGCUUACAUGACGGUGGGAGAGGGCGUUUUGGGGGCUGUGCUUUGCUGGUUGGGUCUGUUUGGGCCUGGAGUUAUGCUCAUUUUCGGAAUCCUUCCCUUCUGGGGCCAGUUCCGUUCCAACGACACCUACAAACGGGCACUUCCGGGCCUCAACGCAGCAGCUGUGGGCCUUCUCUGUGCCGCCUUGGUCCAGAUGGGAGCCGGAGUACGGGAGAACAACACGAAGCCGAACGGCCCCAUUCCGAAAGAGGCAUCGACCUGCAUCGGCCUGAUUGCCUUCUGGGGAGUUCAUUGGCUCAAGUUUGCUGACCGGCCAAUGCUCAGUCAAGUCCAAGCCCCCAUCGUUGUUGUCGUGUGUGGCAUCCUCGGCCUUAUCUCGGGAGCAAUCGAAAUGCGAUGA